CGCCAGUGCGACUCCGGCAGUUCUUCGGAGCGGGUUGUGUUGUUCAGAUUUAUACUUUUUUUGUGUCAGUUUCCCUAGAAAAAAUUCGGACUUGAAAGAAAGAGCGAGUGCCCGCGGGCUCUCGACACCCGACGCCAAAAUCCCUCCUUUUUUGGGUAGUUAAGUUUCGCCAGGGGGCUUGACCCAUUCAAUAAUGAGGGACAUGGCGGGCAAAAUCGCCGAAUUGAAGUUCGAGGCACCCCUGGCACGCUUCGAGGAGGAGGAUACGGCCAGUAUCAAGAACAUGAACCUGCUGACAGAACAAUUGUUGGAUGCGAACCUCGAGGCGAGUUUUGGAGAAAAUUGCAAUGCGAACGAGCCUAUGACAACACAUGAAAAUGGAACAGACAUUCUUCAAGAGGGAACUUUUAGCCCCUUCAGUGGAAGCCUGGAGGACUUAGUGAACACCUUCGACGAGAAAAUCACUUCCUGUUUCCGUGACUAUGGCACCGAUGUAGAAUCCCUAGCUCCGGUACAAGUCCGCACACAAGAAGAAAUCAUGAACGAGUGCCAAAUGUGGUGGACAAUCACAGGCACGUUUGGUAAUAUUUUGCCAAUCGAUUGGAGCAAAUCUUAUGCAAGAAAGAUGCACAUGCCAGCCUUGAAUCUCAAUGAGGCUGCCCGAAACUUGGAUAGGCAAGAACUUGAAGAUUUGAGCAGUGAAGACGAAGCAGUUGCAACGGAUUUGGACAUGCACGCCCUAAUCCUGUCCAGUAGUACUGAUUCUCAAAGUCCAGAAGAACCUCUUAAAACCGCAGAAGAGGUUCUUCGAGAAAUCGACGAUAUCAUGCAGGAAAGUCCCAUGGAGAGAACUCCUGAUUCCGAGGACUCUCUUUUAGAUACUGAUGAAGCUUUAGAAAGAAGCAGAGAAGUUCUCGGUUCUCCACUUAACGACAAAAAAUUGCGACAGCUCACUUCUGGACAAAUGACUGAACUCCUGAGUGAAAUGGAAUCCUUAGUAGGAGCUCUGAGUGAAACUCUCAUAGCCGAACUUGCCCUUCGAGAUGAACUUCAAAUCGAAAAGGACCUAAAGAAUACAUUUAUUUCUUUAGUACUUGCCAUACAAAAUCGCCGAAGAGCUCAUCACGUGACAAAGAAGAAGAACCAAAAUAUACCAAAAAUGGUGCCAAAUGGCACCAGUCCCUUGCCACAACAUAGAUCUUUCCAAGAAUCUAAGUACUUAACAACAGUCAUUCCAUACCACACAGACAGUGGGCCUCCAAAUAACCAGGCAUUACAAGUCCUCAUAAAAAUACUGAAGGCAAUUGACGAAGAUAGCCCUACUGUGCCUACGUUACUCACAGACUAUAUUUUGAAAGUCCUGUGCCCCACCUAGUGAGACUGCAAAAAUUCUUCAUCUUUGCAAAAUUAAAAUAAACAAAGGACGAACAUCAAGAAUCGUAUAAUAAAAAUAAAGAAAGAUGCAAUCUGCUCUCUUCUUCUUGCCAGUGCGCUUUCAGCCGUUGUUGUGUCGCGCAUGUUAAAAAAAAAUUUUAAACCGAUCGAACUUGCUUCUAAGCUAUUGUUUUGAUCACAUUCAUCUCUACGGGCUGCUUAGAAGUAAGAAAAAAGCUCCCACUGAUACUCUUUUCUAGUCUUAAUUUAUAUUACAGUAGUUUGUACAAUUUUUUUUAUAAGACUUAUUACUGUCGAUUUAAAUUUUCCUCAUAUUUGAGGCGAAGAAAAUAAUUCUACAGCCACAUCUCCUCAUGAGAUUUUAUCCUGAUUUUAAUCUUAAUUGAGUUAAUUUAUUAAGUUGACUUUCGUAAUACCUAUUGAGUUUUGUAAUUUUUUGUACAUAAAGCGUUCCGGAUAAAUUAUAUUAUAUAUUUCGCAGAAAUUUGAGACGUGAUAAAUGUAUAUCUUAUCAAUUAUUGCUUUAGGGGUAUAUCAUCUGUAAUUGAUUAUCCAUAGAUUAUAGUUUCCACACAAAAAAUGCAUAAAGAUUAUUAUAUAGUGCAAAUUGUUGUAAGCCAAUGUAUUUAGGAAUAAUUUAUUGAAACAUGAUGUCACGUGCAAAGAUAAAUAAACCUGAAGAUAAUUCUAUUUA